AUGCCCUCUCGCCCCGAGGUCGCCUACUUUGGCGCAGGUCCCGCCCCCCUCCCCACUCCUGUUGUCGAAGCUGCCGCCAAAGCUUUUGUGAACUUCAAUGAUACCGGGCUCGGCCUAGGAGAGAUAUCACACCGGUCACCAACCGCGAAUAAAAUUCUUGCGGAAACUAAAGAAGCUCUGGCUACCCUGCUUGAUAUCCCGGACAACUAUGAGAUUUUGUUUAUGCAAGGCGGGGGCUCUGGGGGAUUUAGCGCUGUGGUGUAUAACCUGGUGAAUGUCUGGGUUGAGAGGCGUCGGCGCAAGAUUGAUGCAACUACAGAGGAAGCACUUGUGGCAGAAUUGAAGAAGCAGGUAGAAGAGGAGCUUAAGUUGGAUUACCUUGUCACCGGAUCGUGGUCUUUGAAAGCUGCACAGGAAGCAACGCGGCUUCUUGGGGAAAAGCAUGUCAAUGUCGCUCUUGACUCAAGAAACGAUAAUGCUGGAAAGUUUGGAACGAUUCCAUCUGAGGAUACCUGGAAUCUAACAAAAACUAAAAAGGAGGGGGGAAAGUCGGCCCCUGCUCUGGUCUACUUCUGCGACAAUGAGACUGUGGAUGGAGUGGAAUUUCCAAGUUUCCCUAAAUCCUUAGAAACGGAUGAAUGGGGUGAGGAUGAUGAAAGAAUUGUUGUUGCUGAUAUGAGCUCCAAUAUUUUGAGCCGAAAAGUUGAUGUCAGCAAGUAUGGCGUAAUAUUUGGAGGAGUCCAAAAAAAUAUAGGAGUCACAGGAAUAGUGGUGACCAUUGUUCGCAAAGAUCUGUUGCCUCCUCAUACUGCCACACCCUCCCCGUCCUUGCUACGACAGCUUAACAUCGGUGGACUUCCUGGCCCAAUCAUUCUUGACUAUGCCACCGCUGCCAAAAACAAUUCUCUUUACAAUACCCUUCCAAUUUUCAACCUCUGGGUCUCUGGCCAGGUAGUGAUCGACCUCGUUCGAACACACGGCACCAGAAAGGUGUCCGGUCAGGAAGAAGUUGCAAACAAAAAGGCGCAGAUAAUAUAUGACGUUUUAGAUAAAUACUCAGCAGUCUAUCGCGUCGUUCCGGACAAAUCUGUUCGAAGCCGCAUGAAUAUCUGCUUCCGCGUGCACGGAGGAGACCUUGACAAAGAGAAAGACUUCAUUGCUGGUGCAGAAAAGAGACUACUUCAAGGCUUAAAGGGCCAUCGCAGUGUCGGUGGAAUGAGAGUCAGCAAUUACAACGCUGUGCCACUUGAAAAUGUUGAAAGACUUGUUGGUUAUCUAGACGAUUAUGCAAAUGGUCGUGCGUAG